GCGCGCGGCCAAUCCCUCAUGCAGCGCAACGUAAUACAUGACCCUCUAUCAUUAUAACGCCGACAUGCGCAAUCUGCACAACGGUCACAACAUCUAAUAUCUCUUAUUCACUGACCCCGGGACUGGACGGGACUGCCUGCGUCCGAUGUUUCUGCAGAUCGGAGCGCCGACGCGAAGCGCAGAGACAUGUCCCGAAGAAAGCAAGCGAAACCUCAGCAUCUCAGAUCGGACGAAGAAGGAACACAGUCGGACAAAAGUCCGGAUAACGCGCUUCUGUUGAGGGGAGGCGAUGAGGAGGACAGCGGCACGGAGAGCCGCAGCGGAGGCGAAGAGACGCACGUGUGCGAGAGGUGCUGUGCUGAAUUCUUCAAGUGGUCCGAAAUGCUGGAGCACCAGCAGAAGUGCACGGACGACCCCCCUGUGCUGAUAGUAAAGGAGAAUGAAGAGAAGACCAUUUCCCGAGGAUCGCCGACAGAGUCCCUCUUGAGUGCCCACAGUGACUCAGCAGAAAUGGAGGUCAGUGAGCUCAACUCUGAGCUGGCUGAGAAAGUCGACAAGAUGCCUGAGGAAACGCACAUCAUCGACCUGAAUGAACAAAUGGAUAUAAGUUUGCCCGAGCAUAAAACAUCAAACCUCAGCCCUCUACCACUUGACAAUGAAAACACCGCCUGUUCCCCUGCACCACCUAUAACCAAUCACUAUGACAUGCCCAGCACCAAUGUGACCCUGGAGAUUCUUCACAGCACCCAAGUGGCCGUUGCUCAGUUUUCCCAGAGCAUUCACUGUGCGGGGUCUGCAGGCAAGCUGAACUCAGCUGCGAUACCCAUGAUUCUGGAGCAGUUGAUGGCGCUGCAGCAGCAGCAGGUUCAGCAAUUACAGCUCAUUGAGCAGAUCCGCAGCCAGGUCGCUGUAAUGAAUAGGCAGCCUACGCAAGCCGCCCUUAAUCCUGCCUCAAAAAGCGUGCCCUCAGACUCUAACACUUACAAUUUCCAGGGCAUCGCUCCUCCCCCUGUACUUCCAUUAUCUGGGGUCAUGCCCUCUGCAGUGAAUGGGCAGGCUUCUGUAUCCCAAGCAUCUAUGCUUGCGAGGCCACCGUUGCUGUCUUCCCAGCCAAGCAGUGGACAAAUCAGCUCUAGAGCACUGGAGAGUGCCACUGCUUCCAUAACAUUAUCUGGGGUCAUGCCCUCUGCAGUGAAUGGGCAGGCUUCUGUAUCCCAAGCAUCUAUGCUUGCGAGGCCACCAUUGCUGUCUUCCCAGCCAAGCAGUGGACAAAUCAGCUCUAGAGCACUGGAGAGUGCCACUGCUUCCAUAUCAAGUUCCAGCCCUCAUCUCUUCAGCUACAGCGGGGCUUCUCCGCUCUUGCCCACCUGUAGCGGAUCGCACUCUAGCGUUAGCAACACCCAGUCCAUAAGCACUCCCAGCCCACUAUCAGCUGGCCAGAGUAGCCUCCUUAGCCCUUCUGCCAACCUACCAUUACUACCUCAAAGCCCUCCCAACGGAGUCAUAUUUCCCAAUCCGCUGGCCAGUAUUGCAGCCACUGCCAGUGCAUUAGACCCACUUGCUGCAAUGAUGAAGUACCGUAAGGGCAAACUGCCCAGCGUCUCAAUGUUUGACAGCAAGCCCAGUUCCGAGGAUCCAUUCUUUAAGCACAAGUGUAGAUUCUGCGCUAAAGUGUUCGGCAGUGACAGCGCCUUGCAGAUCCAUUUACGCUCGCACACAGGCGAAAGGCCCUUCAAAUGCAACAUUUGUGGCAACCGUUUCUCGACAAAGGGAAACCUCAAAGUCCACUUCCAAAGGCACAAGGAGAAGUACCCUCAUGUUCAGAUGAACCCGUACCCAGUCCCAGAAUAUCUUGACAAUAUCCCUACCAGUUCCGGGAUCCCCUAUGGGAUGUCUUUUCCUCCAGAGAAGGCAGGACCUACUUGGUUAGAUAGCAAGCCUAUUCUUUCGACAGUGCCGUCCUCAGUGGGUCUGCAGUUGCCUCCCACAGUACCAGUUAUUGAAAGCUUAAGUGAUUCAUUUACAAGCACACCCUCUGAAAGAUCUCCACACAGGCUGUCGCCAGCCAGAGGUGAACUUGCACCGUCGUCGCCUAAUCCCACCGGCACUGAGACAGAUAUGUCCACCAUUGCGACCUCCCCUAAAUCAAACAGAGAAGGAGAGAUCACACAUAGCUUCAACACAGAAGAAGUGCACCUGCCAUCAAACAGUAUGACUAGAAACGCUAACAAUCCCAACAUCCUGCUUCCGCAGUCCACGUCUACAGAAAAACCUGUUAAGGUAAAUGUAACUGAGUCCACUGAUGCUCCUUCAGCUGAUAAUAAGUCGUCCUCUCCUCUACUCAUCUCUGAUCAGUUCAAGGCCAAGUUCCCAUUUGGUGGUCUCCAUGACUCUAUGCAAACAUCUGAGACAUCGAAGCUCCAACAGCUUGUGGAAAACAUUGAUAAGAAGAUGAUGGAACCCAAUCAGUGUGUUAUCUGUCACCGCGUGCUAAGCUGUCAGAGCGCGCUGAAGAUGCACUACCGCAUCCAUACAGGGGAGAGGCCAUUUAAAUGCAAGGUUUGUGGACGAGCAUUCACCACAAAGGGUAACUUAAAGACACACUUUGGUGUCCACCGUGCAAAGCCUCCUCUUCGGAUUCAACAUUCAUGCCCGAUCUGUCAGAAAAAGUUCACGAAUGCAGUUGUGUUACAGCAGCACAUACGCAUGCACAUGGGUGGGCAGAUUCCAAACACUCCUCUGGCAGAAACCAUCUACGAGAAAGAUACAGAUAUGGAGAGUUUUGACAGCAUGAGCACUUAUGAUGAUGACUGUCUUGAUGAUAUUUCAUUUGAAGAAGAAGGGGAUGUUGUGGAGAACAAUGAAAACACCCUGAGCUCGUUUUCAGACAGUCCACCGCCUAUCUACUCGCUUCCAACCAGUGUAUCAGAAACUCAAAGCGUAGGGGAAGACUCAUCCGUCAAUCUCAGCCAAUCAAAUGGAAAAAUGAUGGUCAGGUGCGGACCUAUGCAUAACGAUCUUCAUGCUCUGGGCUCUACCACCACUGGUGAGAUGGAGAACCACAGCAUAAAAACUAGUUUAAUGCCACAUUCGUCUAGUUCUAUUCACAUUUCACCCUAUCCCAACAGUCAACCUGAGGGCCAACAUGAGCACUUAGUCUCUCUGAACCUCUCCUUUAAAGUCCCAGAGGCAACAUCUAUAGUAAAAUCUGAAACAACAGAUUGUCCUGCAGCAAAUACAGUCAACGAGGUGACUGUUAAUCAAACAGGAAUCCAGCCUAUCAACUCUACAUUCAAGAAAGAAAACUCUUUCAACAUGCAGUUUUUUAAUAAGGAACAUGAAAAUGCUCAAAGGUCUACAGAACAGGAUACAAAAAAUUUGCCGACUGCAGUGAAACUGGAGAUGAAUGCUUGCAAUAGACCAUACAUUCUAAAAGAGGGGCCUUUCCCUGCAUUUGGCCUGCAGUCUCCCACCUCGCGCUCUGAGGUGAUGAUACCAGCCGUCACCUCACUCACUGGACCACCCCCUCCCAGACGGACCCCUAAGCAACACAACUGCAGAGCAUGUGGGAAGAACUUCUCUUCUGCCAGUGCCUUGCAGAUCCACGAGCGCACACACACUGGCGAAAAACCCUUCGGCUGCUCUGUCUGCGGUCGAGCGUUCACAACCAAGGGUAAUCUCAAGGUGCACAUGGGCACCCAUAUGUGGAAUAACACUCCUGCCCGUAGAGGUAGACGUCUGUCUGUGGAAAACCCAAUUGCCCUUCUGGGCGGUGACGCCCUGAAAUUCAGCGAAGCGUUUCAGAAGGAUUUAGCAGCACGGGCCAUGAAUGUGGACCAAAACUUCUGGACCCGAUAUGCAGCAGCUAUAACUAAUGGCUUAGCAAUGAGGAACAAUGAAAUAUCCGUCAUUCAGAGUGGAGGAGUCCCCCAGCUUCCUGCCAUUACUGUGGCCACGGACAAGGCUAGCACUGGAAACAGCCCACCAAUCACAGCCAUGGAAAAAACAGGCUUAGAAAGGGGUGCUGGACAACACUUCUCCAUGAUGAUUGAUGACAAAAAAGACAUUGGAAUCAAUUAAAGUAAAGGCGACAUAUUAUUUCUCCUUGCAUAAGGAACAUUGCAAAUUUCAACGUGUCUUGAUUUUUUAAAAAUCAGAAUAAACUCUUUAGAAUGUGCUUGAUUCAUGUGGGAAAAGUUUCAGUUUAUCUUAUGCUAUAAUGGCACUUGUUUUUUAUUUUAUUGUUUAAACUGAGGCCACGGUUAGUUUUUCAAUUAUGUCCACUGACUGAAACCUUACACUUGAUCCAAGGGCAUUGCUUUGAGAUGAAAUGAUUAUUUUAUGUUGUAAAUAUGUAUUUUAUUUUAUUUGUUUUUACCCUCUGAUUUUGCUGUUAAACAUCGCCCUAUUCAUGAGAAAGGGAACAUGUUUGCAUAUAUAAUAGAAACUUUUAAUUCCCAAACUGUGGUCUUAAUAUAGCUACAGCUGAAAGUAUGUAACUUAAAUCCCCGAGCAAAAGAUAAAGAGACAGUUCAGAGGCUUUGAAAAGAGAUGUAUUAUUCUUUGACAUCCCACUGCUUUGCUGCUAUGCAUUGGAUGCAAACCAUUUAUUUUCAUGCAAAUCAAGUACACCACCAUGAAAGCUAGUGUCAUUUUAGCUGCUUUCAGCAAUGAAACGUUCCAUCUUAUACCAGCCUGUGCUAUGUUAUUAUUAAUGCUAAUUAUAUGUUUUAUGCUAUUCUCUGCCUUAUUUACUUUUACAUGCAAAAUUAAUUAGUGGGCCAACAUGAGACCAUUAAGUAUAAUAAGACUGCUAAUAAAGAUCUUUCAUUAAAAACACCUUUACACUUCAGUUUAAGGUAUAGUUAUCAAUGAAGCCCUUGUGAUGCAUCUGAACGUGUUGCAGGACAAUUCUAUUUCACAAUUUAAAAGUGUGUUUUCCUAUCAAGAACAAAAUAAAUAAAUGUUUCCAGAAACAUUCAUGUACAAGGGAAAAGAAAUAU